AUGCCCAAGAAGCGAUCUUCUGCCAGUCAAAAGUACAAUCAGCAACGUGAUAAACGUAGAGGACAACUCAGAGCCAAACACAAAAUGGGAAACCAUCCCGAACGAAAUGAAAUGCGAAAAACGAAGUUCGAAGAAUUGCGUGCUGAACUAAGUCGCACUUUUGGCAUACCGAGCAACUGCCAUAUUUAUUUCCUGAAGAAAUAUCCCAAGGACUCUCUCCCCCAAAAACCUCGACUAAGAAUCACCUUUGGAAACUCGGUCAUCCUCGACGCUGAUACCUGGAAGGUCAUCCAAGUCAAUCGUUUCACUCGGUUUUUAGAUAUGUCGCACGAAACAAAGGAAGACAUGGAAUUUGCAGUUCAAACGUUAUAUCAGCACACAUUAGCUAGAGGUGAAGUUAAAAUCAACGGUUCGGAUUCCGACCAGGAUCAGACCGAGGUAGAAAAAUGGGAGUCACAGCAUUAA